CGCGCACCGCGCAAACAACGCGUCCAUCCCGCGAGGAGGAGGAGGGGGACGCGUACGCCUGGGUGUUGCCGCUCUUGCAUGCGAGUGUCAGCAAGACGGCAUCCGAAACAGUCUGUCGAUACGCUCGACGAGCGGUCUUCUUCGGAUCUCGCGCAUCAACACAUCAUCAUCAUCUCGCGUCGUCGUCCUCGACACGCGUCGGGGCGAGGUCGACGCCUGAAGGGAAAAGACGGUGGAUAAGGAAGAUGGCGAAGCGAACUGCGGCUCUCACUUUGAUCGCGAUGCUCGUAAUCGCGUUCUUCGCGUCCGUGAACGGCGAGACGACGACGGCGUCGUCGUGCUUGACGCGACAGGAGACGAUCGGGGUCUCGAUCACGACGACGAAUUCUUCCACGAGCGACGCCCGGUACCUGGGCGUGCUCGCGCACUUUGGCUCUGAAGUCGGCGUGACUGCGGGCGCAUCCCUCCCACUCGCCGUCGCGAGUGGGGAUAAGCUCGCGUGCGGGUCGAUCACAGAAGUAUCCGGAGAGAUCGUGCUCGUGUGGAGAGGGACGUGCUCGUUCCUCGAAAAAGCCUCGAACGCGCAAGCUGCAGGCGCGUCAGCGGUGGUCGUCGUGACGGACGGGAACGAACUGAGCCCUAUGACGUGCGAAGGCGACGCCAGCAUCAAGAUACCGGCGAUGAUGGUUUCAAGCGCUGACGGAGACGCGCUCGCGACGCGCGCGGCCGCGGGGGGUACCGUCGCGCUCGCUGUUCUGCCAACCACGGGAAACGUCGACCUCGUCGCGUCGCUUGCGUUGCUGACGAUCGCGACGAUAACGAUCUUAUUCGGUUCGAUGUGGGCGCGGGCGGAUCAACUCAUCACUCUGUACCCGAAGUUCGAGAACGGAAGCGGUGGCGGUCCCGGCGAGGAAGAAGGACUUCAAAUCACUGGGAUGAGCGCACUGUACUUCGUCGUGUUUUCCUCCGCGGUUCUGCUUUUGAUUUUCUUCACGAUGCACCACUGGGUGUUCACGAUCAUCAGGUGCGUGUUCUGCUUCGCCGCGGUGCAAGGGCUUCAGGCGUUCUUCUUUGCCGUGCUUGAGACGCUCGCGAAAGGGGACAGGUCCAAUCCGAAAGCGUCGUACGUGUUCGCGGUCGUGAUUGUCGCGGUUUGGUUUUUCAAUCAAAACGCAUCGUGGGCGUGGAUCCUUCAGGACGUCUUAGGGGUGUCGUUCUUAGUGAACGUCUUGAGACUCGUUCGCCUUCCGAGUCUGAGGGUAGGGACGAUGCUCCUCUGCGCGGCGAUGGCGUACGAUAUCUUCUGGGUGUACCUCCAGCCACACUUGUUCAGCGGCGAGAGCGUCAUGGUGAAGGUCGCGACGGGUGGGGAAAACCACGAGUCUUUGCCGAUGUUAUUCCUGUUCCCGCGGCUUGACUACGACGCUGACAGUGGUGGUAAGGAAUUCUCAAUGCUUGGAUACGGAGACGUCAUCCUCCCCGGUCUUUUGAUCGUGCACAACCAUCUGUUCGAUAAUUCGGCGAACCAGACGAUUCGCGCGAGGAACGCGUGGCUGUUCCCUUCGCUCGUGAUGUACGUCUUCGGUUUGCUUGUCACAUUUGCGGCGUUGCAUUUUGAGGUUGGAGGACAAGGUGGCCAGCCCGCGCUAUGUUAUCUCACACCCACGGUUGUUGGAGGGACUGUUCUUUACGCACGUGCGCGUGGAGACUUUGACAGGAUGUGGGCGGGAGACGCGGGCGAAGAAGAAGAAGGGUAUAUCGCAGGGGAGGGCGACCGCGAGCGCUUGAUGCCGCGGUAUUCGAGCGUAUAGUUGUUAUAGUAUUCACGAGUUGACUAAAA